AUGUAUAGCUCGCUCGAGGAGCUCAGCGGCACCACGCUAUCCGAGGCUCACACCGAGCUCAAGUACGCCUUCUACCCGACCGGCGGCUUCUACCAGAGGCACAUCGACGCGAUGAACGGGUGGCGGCAGAGCGACGGAGGCCACCUGCGCGUCUUCGAGGCUGGCAGCGGCGUGCGCGGCAGCGGCACCCUCCUCGCCGACUUCACGGCGGGCCACUCGCCGCUGCUCUCGCCCGCGCAGCACGUCGACAUCGCCCCGCGGGCGGGCACGCUCGUCGUCUUCCGGUCGGACACGGUGCCGCACGAGGUGAGGCACACGAGCGCCAAGCGGAUGGCGAUCAUCGGCUGGCUCCAUCGCGAGCUGGGCGAGGCGGAGGCGCCCGCCGAGCCGCCCGAGGAGGAGCUGUCGGAGCUCGCCCUGGCGCUCAAGCGGCACUACGAGGGCCGCGGGGAGAAGAUCAAGGGGUUCGAGUCCGUGGACGCUGUGUCGGUGCCGGGCGAGUGA